AUUAAUUCAUUUCAAUUGAAUAUGAACUGUAAAUCAGUAAAAUUGUUGAAAUUGUUUAAUGUUGAGUUUAUAUUUUUGUUCAGUAUAGUUUCUUUGCUAAAUGGAAAUAUUUUACAGUUAAGUACUUAAUUGUUACCCAGAAAUGAUUUGAUAUUGAUAUAAAAACGGCUGCAUUGGGCCUUUAAGAGCAGGGAAGAUUAAAAUAAAGAGUGAGGGAUGUAAUUUUGUAUUACAAUGUAUAAUUCAAACAUGUAGGCUGCGCUAUAAACUUGUAGCUCAAAGGAAGGCCCACAAAAAAAGGCAUAAUUUGCAUAGUCUUCAAAUCUUUAACCUUUGGUGGUGUUAUUGCUUGCGAAUUUUUUUUGCCUUCAAGAGUGUGGGUUUAAUAAUAUUUUUGAUUGAUUAUAAUGCAGUCAUAGGCCACUUUAAAACACCUGAGGUUGGGAAUGACAUAUGUAAAACAGGAGUAUGUGUAUUGAGGGAUACACAACUGACCGACUUUUGAACAAACAUUAGUUUCUCAUGCACAGGCCUCAUGCACAGGCCUAUAAAUCAAAGUCACCAAAGGAAUGAUAUGGGUCUAUACGCAAGAGAGGAAGUGAAGGACAAACGAAAGUGAAUACCUGAAGUUAACCAGAGCAGAGUAAAAUCACAGCAAGGUCAAAUAUUAGAACAUGUCAAUCAGUUCACCCAAUUAGCUUGGAGGCAACAUCCAAAUGGAACAGAGAAUUGGACCACCAAAUAAAAUGUUCCUCAUUUUAUUUUUGUUUAAAUUAAUAUCACUUGAUGAAUGAACGCUUGUAAUUCACACACAAUUAUCGAGGAGAUUGCAUGGGCCACUUCUCUUCACUGGUAUAAUUGUUUGAAUUGCGCAUUUCUCUGCAUUGAAAAGAACGAGUCAUGUUAUGUUUGGUAGCCUAUAGGCCUGCAUGCACAAUAUGGUGUGAUAAUAAUGAAAAAUAAUACAAGGUUAGAUUGUAAAAGCGCGUCUGUGUGUAAUUUCUCAAAUUGAUACAUUGUACGGGUAAAACGCCAGUAGAUGGAAACUGUUACAUUGUAUCACGUGAAAGCACCGUUUUGCGUGGUCAUAUGGUUAGAUCACAGCGCCGCGAGACGAGCCAACGACGUCGAGGCUCGAGUUGAGGUGAACUGCCACGGUGAGAAAUAACUGACACCGGCUGCCACAUGACUGUCUGCAAACGGUAGACACCAUGAACUACGUGGGCCAGCUGGCAGGCCAGGUGUUGGUGACGGUGAAGGAGCUGUAUAAGGGCAUUAACCAGGCUACACUGUCAGGCUGCAUCGACGUGGUGGUGGUCAGACAGCCUGAUGGGACCUUCCACUGCUCCCCCUUCCAUGUACGCUUCGGGAAACUGGGAGUGCUGCGCUCCAAGGAGAAAGUGAAAAAAAAUCUGAAUUGGGCUGCCUGUGUAAACGCAAGACUGCAAGCAGAUUGACAUUGAGAUCAAUGGAGAACCAGUGGAGUUGCACAUGAAGCUGGGGGACAACGGAGAGGCCUUCUUUGUUCAGGAAACCGAGCAGCAUAAUGAGAUAAUCCCUGCCCACCUUGUGACGUCACCCAUCCCCACAGAGGAGGCUCUGGGGAGGGGCAGAGAGUCCAGAGCUGGGGAGUCGGGCCUGGAGGGUGGGCUGCAGCCGCCACAGGGGGACUCACAAAACCCAGCCUCCUCCUCCACCCCCCUCCUUCCCCCCAGCACCACAGCAGGGAAGAAGAAGAAGAGACGUAGGAAGAAGCACAAAGCAGACCCCCGGAAAGAGGAGCAACAGGCCUCCACUGCUGGUGGUGAGGAGGUCUGUGAACUGAGCUCAGACGAGGAGCACGGUACACAAAACAACGGCAGGGCCCCCUUGUUCUCUACAGUGAAGGACACAGUGGAACACAGGCAGAACCCCACCCUCCACUCCUUGGACAGCUACCCCUUCUCUGAUGGAGACUGGUCUCCCGGCGACAGUCACAGAUCACCAAGAUCCCUGUCAGAGCCCAUGUCUCCAAAGAGCGACUCGGAGCUGAUGGUGAAGUUAUCAGAGAGCAUGCUCAGAGCAGAAUCACACAUGCAGUGGUCCUGGGGAGAGUUCCCAGAAUCCACCAGGGUCAGUAAGAAAGAGCCCUCGGAGCUGCCUAAGACGAUGACUAUCACCCCGUCAGAGAGCACACACUUCAGGGUCAUCCUCAGCUCUGAGGCCAUGGAGGUGGAGGCUGGGGGCCUGCACACCUCUCUGGACCCGGUGUGUGGACCUGCCAUUGUCAAACCAGAGCCCCGGACCCCCAAACAAAAUACCCUCCUCAGCUCCAAACACCACCCACCCGACCCUCUAUCUGAACCCCAUCAUCCCCCCAAACCUAUUCAUGACCAUUGCCCACCCCAACCUGAACCGUGUCCCCUCAAACCAGAACCAGGUGCUCUAACGUCGGAGCCCAAUCCAGACCUCUGUAUCCCGUCCAUGCCUGAACGGAGGGGCCCUUGGACUUCCACUCCUCCCAGAGUGCUUGAUUCCAGCCCACCGGCCUCUACUGCCGAUGGGGCCAGUUGCAUGGCUGGGGACCUGGGGUCCAUCGGCUCCAAGACUGACUCCCCCUCCAAGAGGAGAGGUGUGAGGAAGAGGAGUCAGCACCAGGGGCCUGAGGAUAUCUACCUGGACGACCUGAACGCUAUGGAGCCUGACAUCGUCGCGCGCUACUUAGCUCCCAAGAGUGAGUCGGAGACCAUCCCUAAGCACUGGGUAGAGGUUGGCCGGUGCGAUGGGUCCCAGUCUCCCCAGUCUGUGGGCAGUGCCGCGGCCGACAGCGGGACAGAGUGUCUGUCUGACUCGGCUGGGGAUCUACCAGACAUCACCCUGUCUCUCUGUGGAGGGGUCGGAGAGAACUCUGAAAUCUCCAAAGAGAAAUUCAUGGAGCACAUCAUCACAUAUCAUGAAUUUGCUGAAAAUCCAGCAAUCAUCGACAAUCCCAAUUUGGUGGUUAGAAUUUCAAACCGAUAUUACAACUGGACAUUGGCAGCUCCAUUGAUACUAAGUAUGCAAGCUUUCCAGAAGAACCUGCCCAAGGCCACAGAGGAGGCAUGGGUGAAAGAGAAGAUGCCUAAGAAGUCCGGCCGCUGGUGGUUCUGGAGGAAAAGCAGUGUCAAACAGUCUUCAGAGGCCAAGAUGGACAGACACGAGUCCCAACACAGAGACACAGAGAGCCCUGUCCUCGAUCAACAGAUUCCAGCAGUGCCACAGCAGAAAGCAGCAGAAGACUCCUCCAGCGAUGAAGAAUCGAAAGAGCUCAACACAGUGGCACCUACUGAGCACGUGCACACAGAGCUACCUGCACCAACUGGCUCGCACUCCUACAUGAAGUCUCUCCGCCUCUCGUCUGACCAGAUAGUCAGUCUGAAGCUGAGGGAGGGGCCUAAUGACGUCACUUUUAGCAUCACCACCCAGUACCAGGGGACGUGUCGCUGCGAGGGCACCAUCUACCUGUGGAACUGGGAUGACAAAGUCAUCAUCUCUGACAUCGACGGCACCAUCACCAAGUCUGACGUGUUUGGCCAAAUUCUCCCUCAGCUCGGGAAAGACUGGACUCAUCAAGGCAUCGCUAAGCUCUACCACUCAGUGCAUGAGAAUGGCUACAAAUUCCUGUACUGUUCGGCGCGGGCAAUCGGCAUGGCGGACAUGACCAGAGGGUACCUGUACUGGGUGAACGACCGGGGAACCAUCCUGCCUCGAGGACCCCUCAUGCUGUCCCCUAGCAGCCUCUUUUCUGCCUUUCACAGGGAGGUGAUUGAAAAGAAGCCAGAGAAGUUCAAGAUUGAAUGCCUAACAGACAUCAAGAACCUCUUCCACCCAAACACACAUCCCUUCUACGCAGCCUUUGGUAACAGAGCAAAUGAUGUGUUUGCCUACAAGCAAGUGGGUGUACCAGUGUGUCGGAUAUUCACAGUCAACCCCAAAGGAGAGCUCAUCCUAGAGCAAUCGAAAGGCAAUAAGACUUCCUACGGCCGACUGAGUGAACUGGUGGAGCACGUUUUCCCUUUACGCAGUAAGGAGCAGAGCGCCACCUUCAGUUUCCCAGAAUUCAGUUCUUUCUGCUUCUGGAGACAUCCAAUCGCUGAGGUCUGCAUUGAGGAGCUGCUCUGAAACAACCAAUCGCUGAAGUGCAUCUUGAGGAGCUGCUCUGAUUUCUGAUUGGACAGUUCCCACAGCUGUGCUAUUAUCAGGUAUUAAGGCGAUAACCAACAGACACUUCGGGUACGGUCGAUGCACUUUGUGUCUUUUGGACGGGAAAGAAAUCACUUGAAAUCAACUGUAUUCGUUGGAAUCGAUGUAAGCAAUAUUUUGUUUUGCUUAAUAAUUGUAUGGGUCUUCCCAUGAUGAUUGCUUGUACUGCCUUAACUGGUGACUAUACUAUGUGUCUACUGAUGCUGAAUUAUAUUCCAUUGUUUAGUGCUCCACAGGUUUAAUAGCAUUUCGUUGAUUUAUCAGUAAGAACUGCGUCACAUGAUCGAUUUAGGCAUACUUUCCAAUACAGACUGUACAGCCUUUUUACAGUACAAUGUGAAGAGAAAGAAGACGGGCGUAGUCGUAAGGUUAGUUAGUUAUUUGGCUUGAGUGAUAAUGCAUUCCCUAUGUUGGAGUGUCCCGCUGUUUGGGAAGGCCUUACGUUAUAGUGUAUGCAUGCUAUGCUAAGUUUGAACUAAGGGCUCUCUUCAAGCCGUGUCGUGAAGGUUCAGCGUUAUGGCGUGAUUUGAAAUUGAAAGGCAACGUUCCCGCGUUAGCAGAGACGACUGCAUUCACGUUAAACGCCGCAGCGCUUCAGCGAUACAGAUUGAAACGAUCGCUAAUAUGUUGCACAGAGCUGCCAGUGGAACUGGCACUAGUCUUAGAUACACGCAUACUGUAUGAUAAUAGAUCGAUUUAAGUGAUCUGAGCAGGCGAUGUUUUAGACAUACAUAUAGAUGGCUGCAGUGAGGUUUAAGGCGAUGGAAGACCUUUCUAAAGUGUCUGCUGCUGACACACAGGGCACACAGCACUGGAGCAUUUGGAUGGAGACAGACUAAUAUGCACUGAAAGCACAAUUAUCUGUUUUAGCAGACGUUUUAUGGGUUACCUUUAACAAUGUUUGUGUUAUGAAAUGAAUGCUUCUUUAUGGGAUAUAUUUCUAUUGUUAUAGCUUGGUUUGUCUAGUAUAUUUUGAAUUAUUAUACCAUUGUAUUUGAUGACGUUCGGAGGUGUUGCAGAGUUCCUCAGUAACAAAGGCAUUCUUUCUAUGAAAGUGAUAUUUUGUGUGGAGAGUACACACAUCUCAACACGCUGGUAUUUGUGUUUUUCAGUGACUGCUUUGAUAGUUUUCAGUGUAUCUAUUAAGAGAUUAAUUUUACAGUUCACACACUCUCCAAUCUUAAAUGCCUUCACUGUUACUUGAUUAAGUGUUAUUUUUUUUUAGUGUCAUUAUAUACAUUGAAGUGUUAUGUUUGGGAUAUGAAUGUUUAGCAAAAAAAUGAAUAAAGAUAAAAUCUAAGAUUA